AUGAAAUAUGAAGAGAGAACUGGUGUACCCCCUAUUUUGCAACCGAAAAGAGAACAUCCUUGUGAUCGAACUUCUGGCGGCUCAGCUAAACACCGACGAGAAAACCCUAGCUCGAAUCAGAUGAGCAAAUCAGCCAAGAAUAGGGACGAACAGAAAAUCGGUUUUUGUGCAAUUAAACAACAGAAAUGGCAAGAGCCAACUACAAAGUAUCAGUCGUUCUUUUCAGCUUUGUUCUUGUUGUUCCUUCUCUCCGUUUACGUGGCAGAAAGUAGAAUACUUUCAUCUGAAACUGGAACAAAUUCUGUUCCAGUGUGCAAUAAGAUUUAUGGUGCAAAUAUUGGAGACACAUGCUUCAGCAUUAUGGAAAAUUUCAGUGUGACCUCUGAGGUUUUUACUGCUUUCAACCCUAACCUCAAUUGUGACAAAAUGUUCGUUGGUGAAUGGAUAUGCCUUGAUGGUUCCUCCAUCUAAAGUAUAAAGCAAGGGAUUAUCAAGCUCAAGAAAUAAAUACUCAAAAUUAAAUCAGCACUGUCUGAUUUGCGAAUAAAGAGUAAAGCUAAUGUAUGAUUAAAAAAGCAAUUUAAUCUAGCUUUUUUGUAUUGUUUCGGGUUUUCUUUUCAUAUUCCAGCUUCUUUCUUCAACAAUUUAUAUAAUUAAUUCAUGUUCUAAGCUGA